AUGUAUCAGAAGUUGGGAAUCGAAGGUACGCCAUUCAAUGCAGAUAUUGUCGGCGUAAGUGGUGCCCGCAGCAAGUCAACCCGAUUAGUAGAGGUCAAUAUUCGUUCAUUAUACAGCGAUUACAAUGCUUCAUUGAAAUGUCUGGUCACGUCAAAAAUCACCAAUGCUCUCCCGUGUAAAACUGUGAACAUCUCCAACUGGAGAAUUCCCUCAGGUAUCUUUUUGGCUGAUCCAAAGUUUGGCACCCCAGCAAAUGUAGAUAUGCUGAUUGGUGUUACCGAGUUCUUCCGAAUAUUGAAAUCAGGGCAUCUUGUGAUUGGCGAAGGUCUGCCCGAAUUACGCAAAACGGAAUUGGGUUGGGUCGUUGCUGGAGAAAUUAACGAUGAAUCAUCAGCUAUUGUAAAUGCGCAACAGAUAAAUUCCGUGACGAUCGAGUCUCUUAACGAAGCGAUAAAACGCUUUUGGGAAAUCGAAGAAAUAGAAAACCAAACUUCUUCAUCUACGGAAGAACAAGAAUGUGAGGAAAUGUUCCGUAAAUCUCAUGAGAGAGAUUCUACAGGCAGAUAUGUAGUGAAACUUCCAUUCCGAAGCAACAUCCACCAACUUGAGGAUUGA